GCGAGCCCGGCAGGGGGCGCUGCGGGUCCCGGCGCCCCGGAGGCCUGCGCGCGCCACCGUCGCCUGCGCUCCCGCCAGGAGGAGCUGGCUGUGGUGGAGAACCCUACGCGCAGCAACGGAGGCCGGGACCUUAGGCGGACAGGUUCCGGGUUGGAGGUGAAGCCAUGAAGAGCAAGUAGAACAGACAAUAAUGCUUUACCGUAAUCGCUUCUUGGUGCUGCUGGCCCUGGCUGGGCUGCUGGCCUUCCUGAGCCUCAGCCUGCAGUUCUUCCACCUCAUCCCAGUGUCCACAACCAAGGAUGGCGGGGGCAGCAAGAGCCGGAAGAGGAUCAUGCCAGACCCGGUGACGGAGCCGCCCACGGUAGACCCGGUGUAUGAAGCGCUUCUCUACUGCAACAUUCCGAGUGUAGCCGAGCACAGCAUGGAAGGUCACGCCCCGCAUCAUUAUAAGCUGGUCUCGGUUCAUGUGUUCAUUCGCCACGGGGACAGGUACCCACUGUAUGCCAUUCCCAAAACCAAGCGACCAGAAAUUGACUGCACUCUAGUGGCUAGCAGGAAGCCAUAUCACCCUAAACUAGAAGCUUUCGUUACUCACAUGUCGAAAGGACCAGGAGCCUCUUUUGAAAGCCCCUUAAAUUCCCUGCCUCUUUACCCUAACCAUCCUCUUUGUGAGAUGGGAGAGCUCACACAGACAGGAGUUGUGCAGCAUCUGCAGAAUGGCCAGUUGCUGAGGGACAUCUAUCUGAGGAAACACAAACUUCUGCCGAACAACUGGUCCUCAGAGCAUCUUUACCUGGAGACCACUGGGAAGAGCCGCACCCUGCAGAGUGGGCUGGCCUUACUCUACGGCUUCCUCCCAGAUUUUGACUGGAAGAAAAUUUAUUUCAAGCACCAGCCAAGUGCCCUGUUCUGUUCUGGAAGCUGCUACUGCCCACUGAGAAACCAGUAUCUAGAGAAGGAGCAGCGACGGCAGUACCUCCUACGCCUGAAGAACAACGACCUGGAGCGGACCUACGGGGAGAUGGCCAAGAUCGUGGACAUCCCCACCAAGCAGCUGCGGGCGGCCAACCCCAUCGACUCCAUGCUCUGCCACUUUUGCCACAACGUCAGCUUCCCCUGCAGCAGAGGUGGCUGCCUGGGCAUGGAGCACUUCAAGGUGAUCAAGACGCACCAGAUAGAGGAUGAGCGUGAGAGGCACGAAAAGCCCCUGUACUUUGGGUAUUCGCUCCUCGGGGCCCACCCCAUCCUGAACCAGACGGUCAACCGGAUGCAGCGAGCCGCCGCAGGCUGGACCCACGAGCUGUUCACCCUCUAUUCUGCUCAUGAUGUCACUCUGUCACCGGUCCUCAGUGCCUUGGGGCUUUUGGAAGCCAGGUUCCCAAGGUUCGCCGCCAGGCUGAUCUUUGAGCUCUGGCAAGACCGUCAAAAGCCCAGUGAACAUUCCGUCCGGAUUCUUUAUAAUGGGGCUGACGUCACCUUCCACACCUCUUUCUGCCAUGACUUCCACAAGCGUUCUCCCAAGCCCAUGUGUCCUCUUGAGAACUUGGUUCGCUUUGUCAAAAGGGAUAUGUUCGUCGCCCUGGACGGCAGUAGUACUAAUUAUCAUGAUGCAUGUCAUGGGCAAGGGGCCUAAAGUAUUUAGCCCAGCUUUGUUCUCUUGCUGGUUCCGUCUGUUGCUAAAUCAUGGUUGGAGAUCUAAUGGAUGCAGAUUAGGUUGGGUGAUCAUGCCUGUGGUUUCGGACAAACAGGAAGCACAUAACAGUAUGUCCCUAUGGUACGAAAUUGCCGGUUCACAGAGGGAAAAGGGUCCACUAUCAUAGCUGUGUGUGGUCUAGAACGCUAGCAUCAGGUUCAGUGCUCAAAGCUGCCAAUCCAAGCUGAUACAUGCUUGGGCCUGCCGUGGAACCAGCAAACCUCUGCCAAAAUCUUCUUGUUCUUGAACACUUACCUUAACCUUGUUGAGCGGAAAAUGUUCCCAAAGUUAUGAGUUCAAAGUGGGGUGACAGCCUUUUUAUGAAGGAACUGGAAGGUUGGUAUCUUAGAUUCUGUAGACCUAAAGGUCGCACGGGGGCGUUGCCACAUCUCAGCUGUGCUCUGGGGACACGACGACACAUAAAUGGGUGUGUGUGUGUGUGUGUGACUGUGUUUGUGUUCCACGGACCAAACAGAAUAGGUGGCAGCCAGCUGUGGCUCACGGACUGUGUUUGCUGACCCCUGAUCUAUACAAAACAAAACAAAACCCAGGCUGUUACAGUUGCACUUCCUGCACUUUGGGAACCAGCUGAAUGCCAAGUUGUUUAGCAGGUCCUUUAGUAGCUUCUGCUAGAAACACAGAAUUGGGUCUCUAUCUGACGUGGUGACAAAGUCAAGGGGAAAUAAACGUUGGGGUCAGAGGGCUCAUAGGAAAUGAUACAAUACUUGAUGCUCAUGGUGAUUGUGGCACAACAUAGCUUUAAGUGUGUUCCAGAUCUUGUCUGCGAUAGUCUGUUGGCUUCAUAUGCUGGAAUUUUUGUAUUCCAUUUAGUAUUUUUAUAGUCUAGGAGAAUAUUUUCUGAGACCAGUUUUAGAUGUGUUCUUAUCCCUGUUUCGAUUUGCUGCACCUGCUUAGUGGUUGGAAGGAGGCCAAAAGCCGAAUUGGGGCACUUUUUUCCCCCUUCCAAAAAAUAAAUCACUAAUAACUCAUUCCCUUUGACAAGCUGGAAAAUUGGGUCCAUUUUUGAACCAUUUUCGUCAGUUUCGAAUGCCAAAUUCCAAUUGAUUUUUAAAGAGGUUUCUAGAAAAAAAAACAACUUUGUUACUCGAUGUUGAAUAAUCUUUCUAAAAUAUUUUCUAUAAAAGGCACAAUCACAGCUCACUCCUUGAUUUCUAGGACAGUGGUGCUAGUUUGAUUCGAAGACCUGGCCCGUGCACGUGGGGUUCUCCGGCAGCUGGCAUUCCAGCCCUUUCUCUUCCUUCUUGUCUGGUGUUGCAUUUGAACAUGUUUUGUUUGUAGAAAUAAAGAUUUUGAAGAAUUCUUA